UUUGGGCUGUGAUGCAUUGCUGAGGUGAUGAUGGAGCCAACAGAACAUGCCACAGAAGCCGACCCUCUGAAGAGGGAGGCAGUUGAGGGUGGUGGAGCGGUACCAUCAGCUCAGACCAAGAAGAGUUUGGGUCUUAGCAAGUUGACCCACUGGAGGACGGCUGUCUUCUUCCUCUCCCUCUUUCUCUGCCUCAUCGUCUACACCUUCUCUUUCAUCAUCYCCUGUCCAGUCCGGCCGCAAUAUCUCACCUUCUGGAACUGCACCUUCCUCCAAGCAGCCACCUAUGAUUUCCUGGCCUUAGAGGAUGCAAGCAAAGACAAAGUGAUGGAUGUGCUGUUUGUGCUGGACUCGAAGKGCAAUCAGAACAUCAGCUGUUUUGACGCAGAUUCAGAAAUGAGAAGACCAGAGGGAGGAGUGGACUUUCCCAGKGAAAAUCUGAGAGGCAUCUCCAAAGAACUCAUCUUCAUGGCAAUGUUUGGAUGAGUUGUAGAAAUCCAGUUUGGUCCUCCACUACCUUUUCUCCAAGUACUGCUCCUCUAGAAUGUGAGCAGAGUAGAACUGAAUACCAUUGUCAUUCCUUAUCAAAGAUAAUAAUUGUAUUGUAGAUUCUGCAUUAAAGUUUCUCGGGCAAUA